AUGGCAAAUGACAAGGGUUUAUUGGAAUAUGUUAGAAAAUCAACCCCACCACCAUUUUUAUUAAAAACCUACAUGUUGGUGGAGGAUCCGGCGACCGAUGACGUGAUAUCGUGGAACGGGGAAGGGACCGGGUUUGUGGUGUGGCAGCCGGCAGAGUUUGCUCGUGAUCUCCUGCCAACACUCUUCAAGCAUAGCAAUUUCUCUAGCUUUGUCCGGCAACUCAAUACUUAUGGUUUCCGAAAAGUUGCAACAAGCCGGUGGGAGUUUUGCAAUGACAUGUUUCGGAAGGGUGAAAGAGAGCUACUAUGCCAAAUUCGUCGAAGAAGAGCAUGGUCGAACAAGCAACAAUCUAACGCAGCAAUUCAAGCCACAGCGCAAGAUUUUGAAGAAGAUCAAAGAUCAUCAUCCACUUCAUCAUCGUCCGAAUACACUACUCUAGUUGAUGAAAACAAACGACUCAAGAAAGAAAAUGGGGUCUUGAGCACUGAGCUUACAAGCAUGAAAAGGAAAUGCAAGGAGCUUCUUGAUUUAGUGGCUAAAUAUGCACAUUUGGAGAAGGAAAAGGAAGAUGAAAGGCCAAAGUUAUUUGGUGUGAGAUUGGAAGUUGAGGGAGAGAGGGAGAGGAAGAGAAAGAGAGCGGAGAUCAGUGAAAGUGCAACCAUUUUACUAUCUCAGUCAUGCAAAUAA